UCAUGAAUAGUUUUCUCUAAGUCAUUUAACCAGGCAAAAGAACAAAUUUUAUCAGUUGAUAUACAUGUACAUUUAGAUAAAGAUUUUUUUACUAUGACUUUUUUUAUUGAAGGGAAUUAUAUUUUUCAAUGAUUCUAUGCGGAUAAUUAUACAAAUUAAUUAGUGUUUGAGGAUAAUUAUUAUAGAGAAUUUUCAACAGGAUCUUCAAGGGUUUUCUUGAACACAGAUGUCUGCCUCCUAUUUGCUAACAUACCAGUAGAAGUUAGUUUUAAUUUGGUGAAACAAUGACAUCUUUCACUAAAAUUGGAAAAGAAAACAAUGGCUGUUGCCAAGAUGGAAAAGUUCGUAAUCAGUUAUGGAAAUCAGAUCAUGGGGACACUAUUUGUUGGAAGAAUUUGAUGCAACGUUUCCGGGAGGAGUGCUCAGAGAAAGUGCGUACAGACAUUGAAGACUAUUUCGACUCAUUCAUAUCCAAUGUGGAGAUCAUCAGUCAGGCGGAACAUGUCGACAACAUUAAAUCUUCCCUUAACUCUGCUCAAUGUCAUGCCAACUGGAAACAUGUUAAGCGUAAAGACAGAGUAAUGAACACAUUUCCCAAUAUGGGCGGAGAAAAUCGUAAGAAGGAGAAAGGCGACCUCCCAGACAAAGAGUUUGUCACGAGGAAUUCUGUACUCACGGACCUGUUCGAGAUCAGCCACAUCCGCAGCAUCUACCACAUGUUCAUUGCCACUCUCAUCAUCUUCUCCAUCAACACUCUCUUCAUGGACAUUGUCGAGAAACAAUCACUGGGCCUGGAUUUUGGGUUAAUCCAGUGGGGCCUCGGUAAGUCCCCGAAGGUUGUAUCUUGCUGGCUAUGGAUGCAGUGUGCCACCCUGGUUGUCGUCUACCCGGGAUUCUAUUGCUGGAGUUAUUACCGCACAGAGGGAAAACCUGGAAUCUUCGACUACCUCGGCCUACUGGUGUACAUGUUGUAUCAGGGUGCAUUCCUCAUAUUGCCAGUAUGGUUCAUCAUUGAACAAGAAAUGCCUCCAGCAUCAGCAGUCAUUAUUGCUACAGAACAGAUUCGCUUUUUGAUGAAAUCGCAUGCAUUUGUGAGAGAAAACUUUCCCAAGGUGCUAUUGUUCCGCAAAGAAGACAGCAAGGAUCAUGAACAGAGUGACAUGUGCCCUGGUUUCUCCAAGUACUUGUACUUCUUGUUUGCCCCCACACUCGUAUACAGAGACAACUACCCCAGAACUGCCAAUAUCCGCUGGAGCUACGUAGUCAGUAACUUUGGCCAGGUGCUAGCCUGCCUGCUGUACACAUACUAUAUCUUUGAGAGAUUCUGUGUGCCAGUGUUCCACAAUUUCAACCAGGAUCAUGUCUCCGCCCGGCUCUUCCUCACUUCCAUGUUCAACUGCAUGCUGCCGGGAACUCUCGUUCUACUGAUAGGUUUCUUUGCUAUACUUCACUCCUGGUUGAAUGCUUUUGCUGAGAUGCUGAGAUUUGCGGACAGAAUGUUUUAUAAGGACUGGUGGAACAUGACCUCGUUUGCGAGUUACUACCGUACCUGGAACAUUGUGGUUCAUGACUGGCUUUAUACCUACGUGUAUAGAGAUUGCUGCAAGUUAUUCGGUCCCAAGCAGAGGGGUCUAUCCAUGGCAUCGGUGUUCCUGCUGUCCGCGGUGUUUCAUGAAUAUGUUCUCAUUAUGGCGCUGGGGUUUUUCUACCCUGUGCUGUUUGUCAUGUUCAUGGGGGCAGGAUUUGGGUUUAUCUUUGUGAAGGGUACAUCUCGUAGCUGGAACGUUUUCCUUUGGUUAGCCCUGCUGAUGGGAAUGGGUAUUCUGCUCUGUCUCUACACCAUCGAGUGGUACGCCAGGCAAAACUGCAAACAGUUCUCAGAUGAUUUCCUUGACAUCCUGAUACCUCGAUCCUGGACGUGUAAUGGUUUGAAUGGCUCAGCCUCUUGAGCCUACAUUACAGCAGGGCCGCCACUGGGAACAUACUUGUAUAUAAGUUCAUAGGAAAUGCUAUAUUUUGGAACAAAUAUAUUUUUAUGAACAAAUUCUUGAAAUGUAUGGUAAACCAUGUAUAUUUGUGCCUUCAUCAUUUUAAAUAUGUAAGAAGUGAAAUGACAUGACACAUUGAAGCCAAAUUUUUUUUUUCUUCUCAAUUCUAUAUUUCUAGAAUGAACAUGUGAUAUUGUAUCAGAAUUUGUGCCGUCAUAGUUUGUAGUGUUUUUUCUUUGGAUUUCUGUUUUUUGUUAAUUGCUUUUUAUAGAAAUAAUUUAUUUUAUUCACUACAAAUUAUUGUGCCAUUGGACAAAGUCUUAUUUCAUGUAGUUGUUUUUCCAUCACAAUGAACAAAAUUGUAUAAGUUUCCAAACAGAAGAAAGUAAAGAUUUUUUAGUAUUGAUGAUUAAGUAUUAGAGUUUUCAGGAGAAAACUAAUAAAUUGUAUGCAGUAGAAUUGCUAUACUUUAAAUAUGUUUCUAUGUAUGUAUGUAUGUAUGUAUGUAUGUAUAUAUGUAACAUAUUUUUCUCAAUAAGGAACUAUUUUAUUGUUCAAGAGUAUACUUAAAGGCCUCUGUUACUUAUUUCAUUUGCAUUAUGAUUGUUGAAUGCUGUAUAUACAGGAUCUGUCACGAGUCAUCAUAUGAUACACAAUUUAAUUCAACUAGUUUAGGAAAUUUGUAAGUAGGCAGGGGUUUGGCACUCUGAAUACAUUUGGGGAAUAUCUGAUUACGAGUGUUAUAAAGAAACUAUGUGAUGGUUAUAUUAAACCAGAAACAAGGUAAGCAUGUGAUAAAUAUUUUCCUGCCACAAUUAUUUUUAAAAGUUUUUGCUUGCUCAGAAUUUGAAAUAAUAUUAAAAAAUCACUGUUUUAGGAUCUGAUGUAAAAUUAUUUGAAAUGUUGAUGCCUGGUGCCACCAUGUUAAUUUGGUAUCAAAUGAAAUCAGUAGUCAUGGCUCUUUCCAUACAGAAAGAGCUUGCGGAUAAAUUACAAUAUAUUCACUUAUGUGUAUGGAACUUAAUGAAUGUGUUAUUGACAUAUUUGCACAAUUCUGUGAUUACACCCACUGCUCUCGCGAUUGAAAUUGUACAACUCCAAAUUUGUGUUGGUGUAUAAUAAUGAGUGGAGUAUCUAUUCCGUGUUCAUGUAUAUUUGUAUGUAUAAAUAUGUUGUUUUUCUUAAUAGUUAUGUUUAAUCUUCUUAUAGAAAAAUCAUGUAUAUACAUUAUUUGGCAUUUUGGCAUUUUGGGCAUUUUGUUUAAGCAAUUUUUGCCUUUUCAAGGGUUGUUCUUAAAAUUUGUGGACAUUAGCAAAUCACAUCGAGUAUUAAUGUAAAUAAUAUAACAUAUACAAUAUGUCAUUCAAUAUUUUAUGAAGAAGUAUUGAAAAUGUCAUUCAAAAAUACUGAUUGGAAGCCUUUUUGUGUGUAGUUUUAACAACCACCCCUUACGGCACGGAGCACUUUGAGAUGUCAUGGUGUCAAGAAAUAUGAAAAAGGGAUUUUAUGUCAAGACUUUAACCUGCCGGUAUUUUUGCUGUGUUUUGUCUUAUUGUGUUCGUAUUCAUAAUUUUUAUUAUAAAACUAUGAAGAUAAAUUAACUGUAAAUAGGACCAUCUAUAUGUUGCGUUUUUCUUCCAAAUUUUUCUCAUGUACUAUAUAAGUUAAAUUGUGGUUGCUCACUACCUCUAAGACACAUUUGAACGCAGUUUCAAGGUCAGAAACAUUUUGUUUUUAGCCAUGAUUGGGUGAAAUUUGUACCGACUUUAGUCACAUAUGCAUAUUCCUAUCAAGUGUAAAGAUGAUAAAGUGUAAGGAUUCAAUGCCAAAAAAAUUGCAAAAAGGAUUUUUGCUCUGUGUUUGCAUCAAUGUCAAGUUUUUAGAUAUUGCUAUUUUCGACGAGUUUCUCACUCCUCAGAGUUCUAAUAAUGUUUAUGAUCAUUUUUUGUGCAAUGUUUUAAGAGUUAUUCAGGUUAUUUAGGAUCAAAUUUUAUGUUGAGUUAUGUCUCAUAUUAUUUUUGUAUUAAGCAAACUGUGUUUAAAGUAUUUUAUUACCCAAAAUUUUUUGAAAGAGCUGCGUGUUCCAUACCCUUAGGUUCCUACACAACAAUUGGUGUCAUUUUGAAAAGUUAAAUCAACAUUACAUUACUACAUGUAUAUUGAUAUUGAAAAAAAUACCAAUUUUGUCCAUAUACUUUAAGAAAAGCCCUUGUACAUGUACAUUAUUUGUUAAAUGAUCUCUUGAUGUUUUUAUCAUGUAUCAUAGGUGCUCAAAUGCAGUUAAAAUAACUGAUUAUGAACAUCUACUCUAGAAACACAAUUUUAAUAUGGCCUCAUAUUCAUACUUUUUUAUAUAAACAUUUCGUGACAUACGACCAUUUGUCUUAGAGUAAUGUGCAUAUCUUUAAUGAUCUUUUGGCUUAUCUCAAUUUCAUUGACCCAAGCCAACAAUUUUGUGGCAAAUAACAAUUUCUUACCUUGAUAUAAUCUUAAAACAUAAAUUUUUUGUGUCAAAAAUAUAAAAUCAGAAAAACGUUUAUAAUGAUUUUCAUUAUGAUAAUAUCUGGUGUCAAGGCGGAGUGCAGGUGUAGUGAACACUUCAGUGAUAGCUGUAGUAUUCCUCCACAUCAGAAUGGUAGUUGUCUCAAAUAACAGAUAACAAUGUUUUGUCACUUUUAUGACUAGUCACACUCCUGUUACAACUAGUACUGAUAUGUUUCAAUGCAAUCUUAGGUUUAUAAAAGGCUUCAAUCUCAGGAGUUUAAAGAGGGCAUAUGAACCCCCCAAUGUCAGGGAUCUUGUUUGUUUCAUAAACAUGUACAUGUAGAAAUCUUGUUCACAAAAUGUAAAAAUGUAAAUAAAUAUUUUUUUCAUUGAAAAUAUCUAUACACUGCAUUUUGUUUAUGGAGUCUAAGAUGUGUUAUAUUUUAUAAAAUGCCAAGACUUGUGCAAUAAAUUUCUUUCUUUCAGAAAAAAA